AUGCGAAUAUCCCCUUACAUUUAUAAAUCAUCUUCAUCUUCCUCAAGAUGGAUAGCCCGUCAAACCCGCGAUCCAUAUGUGAAAUCUCGAAUAACAGGGGACUCUUCGACUCCUUUGUAUAGAUCAAGAUCUUCUUUCAAACUCUUAUCCAUGGCGAGCAAAUACCCCAUAUUGUCUAGAUCAUCUACCAGGACAGUAGUGGAUCUUGGUGCAGCUCCUGGAGGUUGGUCACAAGUGGCUUCUCAUCUACUAAAAGGUAAAACCAACUCGAAAAUAUUCGCUUUGGAUAUAUUAGGUAUGGAACCUAUUCCAGGCGUGGACAUCAUCAAAGGAGAUUUCUUAAGUGACCAAGUAAGAAAAGAGCUAUCGUACCAAGUGGGAGAAGGGAAUGAAGAAGAGGUAGAAGUGGAUUGCGUAUUAAGUGAUAUGAUGGCUCCGAUGACUGGAAAUAGAACGAGAGAUGUUGGAUUAAGUUUAGAUUUAUGUGCAGCAGCUACUGUUUUCGCUAGAGACGUAUUGAAAACAGCAGAUGGACCAGAGAGGAGAGAAGGUGGAAAGACAGUUUGGCCAGGUGGGAAUUUGGUAAUCAAGUUUUUCGCUCAUCCAGAUAUGGAUGAAUUUCGAUCACUAGAGCUAGAUCCGUGGUUUGGGAAAGUGGUGGUGGAAAAACCGAAAGAAUCCAGAGCGGAAUCAAGCGAAGCAUAUUGGGUCUGUUUGGGGUUCAAAGGUGAUCCACAACUGUUUCAAUAG